AUGGGCGGACCCCCACCCAUGGGUGGACCUCCACCCAUGGGUGGACCUCCACCCAUGGGCGGACCUCCGCCACCCAUGGGUGGACCUCCGCCACCCAUGGGUGGACCUCCGCCAAUGGGCGGACCACCAAUGGGAGGUAGUAUGGGUGGCGCACCGAUGAACGGCUUUGGAGGUAAUCCAUACUCGGCAGCUGGAUUGGGUAGGAAUGCUCCGGCAUCAUCACUGUAUGUCAAUCCAAUGGCAAAUGCCAUGGGCGGACCUUCACCACCAGCAGGUGGCAGUGUGUGGGGGGCACUCAGAGCUCAGGGAAAGAGGGAGAGAGAGAGAGAGAGAGUGAGAGAGGGCGAGGAAGAACAAGAGAGAGAAAGAGGGCGAGAGGAGGGAGAGAGAGAGAGAGAGGGAGAGAGAGAGAGAUAGACAGACCAGAUGAGAUGCGAUGAGAUAAGAUGAGAUAGGAUUAGCUACAAUCACAUAGGACUAGAUAGGAUUAGAUAGAAUGAGAUGGAAUUAGAUAGAUUCAGAUAGAUAGACAGAUGGAUAGGUAUGCAUGAAUACAAUUCGUAGAGAUACUGUUGAUGUUCAAUUAUGCCGCUAGUGGUAGCUAGCCAUUCAAGUACUCAGACAACCACCCAGGUCCAACGCCGGAUAUCCUGGUCCCUGUGGCGUUCCACCGCAGGCACCCUUGGCACCCUUCAACAAUCAGGCGGGAAUGCCAAGAUCGAAUCCUUUUGGG